AUGACACUGGACCCACUGCGAACGAACAUAAGCUUCUUGGACAAUAACUUGACACAGAUUUUUCGAGAUUCGGAAGAAUGGCUAACGCUCGAAUAUCUGCUACAAAUGAAUGUGCGGACAUCCAGGGUCCGACUGGUGCAGGCAUGGCACGUUUCCCCUGUGAACCUGAUAAACAAAUUUGAAAAAAGAAAUUCGAACAAGUUGGUUUUGAAAAGUUUUAUUGACGUAUCGUCCUUGGACAUGGAUAACUGUAUCCAGGACAUCUGCACGAGGGGGUUUUCCGUGUCGCGCAGGGGGCUGCGCCUCUCCGUGGGGAAUUUCAACAUCCCUGGAUUCCCCCUAACCUCCCUAGACGCAGGAUACGAAAUGGUGAACCCAAAUGAGCAGGACGCAGGGACAGGCGCAACGCACAAGGCGAAGAAAACUUUGAGGAACAUCCUAAAGCACAGCGAAACGGUGUUGCUCUCGGGGGAGAGAAGCGUAUUUGAGUUUUUCCUAUGUGACGUGGGGGUGGGUCUCUCCCUAUCUGUGAGCGAGAAGGACGCAGAAAUAUACAACAGAGAUACAGUGCCUAUAGAAUAUGAUAGUGUUUUUAUUGAGAAGAAAAAAGUGAGUGCAUUGGAUCACUCCUUGACAGUCCACUAUAGCGAUCGGGAUGAAUACCAAUGUAGGGAGAGCUCGGGGCGGGUGGCCAAGAGGGAGGAUGAAAACAGCGAAAGAAUAAACUUAGCCUUGGGAGGAGACACCAUGGCAUCAUGUGGAGUGCUCCCACAUUAUACAUUCCAUCACGAGUACAUCAUUUUUGAUAACUCACAGAUAUUGCCUCGGUAUUUAAUACAAUUUGAAUGUGACCCAAAUGGGGAAGAACAUUUCAGCCUGCCUUUAUGUGAUUAUUGUGGAAAUGCACCAUCUGUUUUUUACUGUGAAUCGGACGAAGUCAAGUUGUGUGCAAAGUGUGAUCAUAUGAUACACACACAAAAUAAACUUGUAAGGAAACAUAUUCGAAAGACUCUAAACGAAGCACAAACCAUAUCCGGGAAAUGCAAAAUACAUGUAGAGGAACGUGUCAGUAUGUUCUGUACAAUUUGUCACAUGCCCAUAUGCAAUAAAUGCAUUUCGAGUCAUGAACACACAGAUUUGUGCGGAGAAAAUAGCCCCUGGUUAAGUAAAAAAAACGAUGCAAUAAUUUCGCUAAAUUUAGCUUAUAAAGCCAUCAUAAAACACAGUGCCAUUCCUUCAAAUUUGGUCAAAGAGGAAAAAAAAAAAUUAAAUGAUAUGUUGAAAAAAGUUGAUAAAUUAUAUGAACAAGUCAGGUCAAAUAUUAAGGAUGCGGAAAAACAUGUGUACACCAUUUUGGAAGAUGUGAUUAAACAACUACAUGUUGUUACUGACCAGAAAAUGUGUGCAGUGUUAAGUGAGGAAUAUGAGUUGAAAAGACAGUUUUGCGAAAUUGCAUGGAACGAGAAUUUUCUCUAUUAUCUGCAAACAGUGUUGCCUCCAGCCGAUUUUAUGAAUGCCUGGCUUAAGCACUGUUUGGUACGAGAAGAAAUUGAAAAAAACUCUGGGUAUGCAGAAAGGCCAAACGCCCUGGUAUUUCCCGACAUGUGCAUUCGGGGGAAUAUCAACGUCGUCACGGAGGAGUCUGCACACCACUCGGAGAGGAAACGACACUAA